UUCCCGCGCAUUUCCCCCCGAAUCUCCCGCGCUCGCCCCCUCUUAUCCCCGGCCUCCUCCGAUCCCCUCCCCGCCAGACGCCACCACCCGCCGCCGCCGCCAGAAGAGAUCCAUCCGUCCGGCCGAGCCGAGAGCAGAGCGGAGCAGGGGAAGGAGGCGGGAAAGGGGAGCAGCAGCCAUGAUGUUCUCCAGCCAGGUGGACGCCUUCUCGCCGUCGCAGUUCACCGCGUCGCAGAACGCCGCCGCCGACUCCACCCCCAACAAGUUCCGGGGCGCGUUGGGAACGAUGCCGCUGACCGUGAAGCAGAUCGCGGACGCGCGGCUGGCCGGCGCCGGCGAGAAGGGAGCGCCCUUCGUCGUCGACGGCGUCGAGACGGCCAACGUCAGGCUCGUGGGGAUGGUGAGCGGCAAGGCGGAGCGGAACACGGACGUCUCCUUCACCCUCGACGACGGCACCGGCCGCAUCGACUUCAUCAGAUGGGUGAAUGAUGCUGCAGAUUCUGCUGAAACUGCUGCUAUUCAGAAUGGUAUGUACGUUGCUGUCAUCGGUAGCCUGAAGGGAGUUCAGGACAAGAAGCGUGCUACUGCUUUCGCAGUCAGACCUAUAACUGAUUACAACGAGGUCACGCUGCAUUUCAUUCAGUGCGUGCGGAUGCACAUAGAGAACACAAAAUCAAAGGUUGGCAGUCCCGCGCACACCAAUUCUUCUGUGGGAACCCCAUUCGCCAACAGAUUGAGCGAAGCGGCUACUCCACCCUCUGUGAAGUCCAACCCGGCGCCAGCGACUAGCGGAACAAACGGAUCGGAGACCGAUUUCUACACGCAGGUGCUGAAUGUCUUCCGCGAACCGGCAAACAUCGAGAGUGACCAUGGCGUGCAUGUGGAUGACAUUGCCAAGCGGUUCAGACUACCAGCACUCAAGAUCAAGGAGGCUAUCGACUACCAUGUCGAUGUCGGGCACAUCUACUCGACCAUCGAUGAUUUCCACUACAAGUCAGCGUUCGUUGACUGAGUCUGUAACCGAGUGCCGCCACUACAAGUCAGCGUUCGUCGACUGUGUCUGUAACCGAGUGCCGCCAUCACUCGCUAGCAUCUGUCCUUAGCUGUGUGCUGUUUAGGUAUCCCCCAGAGGGAAGCAUCUUCUGGCUGGAGUUUGAGAGACAUGACUCACCCUUGGCUUGAGAGGAUGCUCCAGGGGCAUGUAUUACUUUAAAUUCCAGUUGAUCAGAGGCGUAUGAGCCUUGAUGCGAUGAGAGUCUCGUCUAGUGAAAUCAUGGUUCUGCUCUGAGUGUGAUAUGGUGGGAUGGAUUUACAUUUUGCAGUCAAAGUUUGACAGUUGCAUCGUUCUA